AUGGCCACUCUCACUAUGACUCCUACUCGUCAGCCUUUGGGCUGUUUGGACAUGCCAUUGAUGCGAUCAAAACUUAAUCGUCAGAACCAGCAAAAUGGUGCCAUGUCCGUGAAGUCAACCCCAAUGAAGAACUCAAUCUUCAUUGACGCCAAUUCCGAGAAUGUCAACCCAAACACCUGCUCAACAAAACGCAAACGUACAUUCGAGGAUGACGAGGACAAGAGCGCGUCCAAGCCCAUCAAAACAUCCCGCAUGGCUCUUUCCACCCGCAUCAACAUCUCCCCUCGUCUCUCGACCCCUUCGAAGAUCCCCUCAAUUACAACUCCCAAAUCAGCUCCCAUUCUCAAGCCCGCUGGUCGCUCCCCACCACCCAAGUCCAGCAAGUCAGCCACUCGUCGUUCGCUCAUCGCCAAGCCCCGUUCAGACCAAUAUAGCAAGCGCGGCGUCGCUCGCCCCUUCUCUCUUGCCUCCGUUCUUGCCCAAUCCACAACUCCCAAGCCUGCACCUGCACCCAAGACCCCUGCCUCAUGGUCCUUCGAUAUCUACGUCGACGCCGAGCAAGAAGAGAUGACAAACCUCAUGCAACACUCGACCACCGUCCUGGAUAUCAGCGACGACGAGGGGAAGUCUGACACCUCUGCCCGUGGAAAGGAGAACGUCCCCCCUCAAGAGCUGGGUAUCGAACUCCCCCAGUCCACUGCCACCAUUCCUGCCGCUGCUCGCAAGUCGCCAAAGAUGGAUGAGCCCCGUUCUCCGCUCGGUGAGCUCAAUGCCGCUGAAUACUAUGCCGAGGACUGCAAUGCCUUCUCGUACGCAAUUGUCUAUGAUGAUGAAGAGCAUGUGCGCGAAUUCAAGAAGCCCUCUUCGCCUCUUUCCCAGAGCCAGGAGGCCCUUGUCACUACCUCCACUGCUUCUGUUUUGGAUGCUGUUACUCCCGCCCCUGCGGAAACCCAGCAGCAAAAUCUCGAGGACUCAACUGAUACCACCGAGUCUUCUCUUUGA